GCCUCAUUUGUUGUACGGAAAGACAAAAACGCGAUACACAGUGAAAACUUAUUUGUGAACCUUUGUUUGGUCUCCUUUCGCUCUAUAAAGCAGUACAAAAUGAACCGUUUGUUUGGAAAAUCAAAACCCAAAGAGCCGGGUCCAAGCAUCAGUGAUUGUAUCAGUGGUGUUGACGCACGGGCGGAGACAAUCGAAGGCAAAAUAAAGACGCUCGAUAACGAACUGCGGAAGUAUAAAGACCAAAUGGCCAAGAUGCGCGAAGGUCCGGCGAAGAACGCCGUCAAACAGAAGGCCAUGCGUGUGCUGAAGCAACGUAAACAGUAUGAGAGCCAGGUGGAAAAUUUGCGGAACCAGUCGUUCAACAUGGAGCAGGCAAACUUUGCCCAUCAGACGCUGAAAGAUACUCAGGCGACGGUGGCUGCCAUGAAGGAUGGCAUGAAAUCGAUGAAGAAAGAAUUCAAGAAGAUCAACAUCGAAGAGAUCGAAGACAUACAGGACGACAUGGCUGACAUGCUGGAGCAGGCGGAUGAGGUGCAGGAAGCGAUGGGCCGAACGUACGGCAUGCCGGAGCUGGAUGAUGAUGAGCUGCAGGCCGAAUUAGAUGCACUCGGCGAUGAGAUCGCACUCGAUGACGAUGCCAGCUAUCUGGACGAUGUCGUGAAAGCGCCCGAAGCCCCCGAUAAGGAACCGGGAGCGGACAGUGUCACCAACAAGGAUGGAAUACUGGUUGAUGAGUUCGGUCUGCCAAAGAUUCCUGCAUCCGUCAAAACGACCUAAGGCCUUAUCGCGAUGUCUUUCGCACGCAUUGCUUCCCUGACGUCACCAUUGUUCCCUGAUUCACGUGCGAUGUGGCAUCCGCAUGGAUUUUAUCAUUAAUUUACAAUUAAAUACACCAUCCCGCAAUCGGUCCUUGGCAGCAGGCAGCCCCAGUUAGUAAGUGAUCUGUUUUGUUGACAUGUAUAUUUUUCACGAUUUUAAAUUGUUCUGAUUUACCUUACAAUAUUACUAUUCUUACUAAACCUGCAGCACGAUCAUAAAUAGAUGAUUUAUCUUGUA